AUGGCCUCGACCGGCGCCCCCUCCCCCGGCGCCGGCCACGCCCUCCGCCCCGGCCCUGCGCCCGCGGCCGCGCCCCGCGAUCUCUUUCUCGCCCACUGGGGCCCAUUUCAAACGCGCCUAUUGGCCGAGCUCCUCGCGCUCCGGACCGCUGCAGAUCAUGUUUCACAGACCGACGACACCCGGUCGCCGGUCCGGCGAAAGCGGACGCGGUCCAAGUCCAAGUCCCCGACGCGGCUGUCGCCGCCACAGGUGCGCAGCCCACCGCGCAAGGUCCAGCGGUCGGCGGCGCCGACCCGGCACUACCAGUCGCCGGUGGUCUCGCUCAACCCGGCGUACUUGGGCCUGCCAGCGAUGAAGGCCAAGGAGCCUGCGCCUGCCGAUACGACGAGCUCAGUGACUGCGUUCGCCGACUUGUUGCGUCUGCACGUGGAGAAGACGCAGCAGCUGGAGAAAGGCCCAAGCAAGAAGCGCCAACUGCAGCGCGUUCGCGAUCCGCCGCGCACCAAGUGCCACUGGGACGUGCUCCUUGACGAAAUGCGCUGGAUGGCGACCGACUUUGCCGAGGAGCGACAAUGGAAGCGCGCGCGCGCGUGGCGUCUCGCCCGCGACGCGUCGGACGCCAAGAGCCUCGAGAAGCGCAACCAGGAACAGGACAAGCGCAAGCUUGCUCGGUCGGUCGCACUGCAGGUCGCGUCGUUCUGGCGCGCCAUGGAGCGCAUUGCUGCGAGAUACCACAAUCGAUCGCCAUCGUCCGUCGAGCUGCACACGCGGGCCGCGCCGAAAGACGCAACGCUCUCACCGCGUUCGGACGCCCACGUUGACUUUGCGUGGGCGACCUCCUCGGACGCAUCGGCGACCAUCCACGACUUGGUGGCUGCGAUCUUUGCCGUCGGCAAGGAGGCGCGGGACCUCAUGAAGAAGCAAGAACUCGUCCUGGACCUGGACGUGAAGCUCGCGCCGUUCCAACUGAGCGCGCUCCGUUUCAUGUCGCACGUGCACAGCGCGGGUUACAACAUCAUUCUGAACGACCAGCUCGGCACGGGCAAGGCGUUUACCGUCUCGCUCUUCUUGCGCUACCUGGAGCUUCAGACGCCGAGUACGCACCCGCACUUGAUCCUUGUGCCCGACGCCGAAGUGCACAAGUGGGCGCACUACCUCAAGGCGCUCCACGGCUCGCGCCGCAUUCAGAUCUAUGGUGGCACACCACUGGACCGGCGGCGCCAGCAUCACACGUGGGACAAGGAGUAUACGGCGUCGCUGGAUCCGCACGAGCGCUACGACAUUUACGUGGUGCUCUGCCCGCACGCGUGCUACCUCGAGGACGCGGUCGUGUUUCAAAAGCACACGUGGCAAGUCGUGGUUGUCGAAGACUUUGCGCCGACGCUGACGCCGCCGCUCGCACUGACCAACGUCUCGCGGCGCAUUGUCGUGAGCGAACUCGGGCUCGAGCACUGGGCACCUGAGCGCGCAAGUCUCUACGGCGCGUUUCUCCUCGACACGCCGACAACGCCCUAUGUCGCCUCGGUAUGGGAAGACGACGUCGCCGACGCGAGCUCGGUGCAGCUCAUGAUGAAGCGCGCGGGCAUCCCGUACAAGGACGAAGUGUCGUGCCUCCAGAUUGCGCUGCGCGCUCUCACGCUUGGCAGAAUACGCAACGACAUGGAGGCGCAGCUCGGCAAGGUCGAGGAGCAGACGGUCGGUGUCGCGCUCACGUCGUCGCAAGUGCAUGCGUAUACCGGUGCGAUUACAAGCUUUUGCUCGAGCACCGACAAGGCGACCAUGGACGGGUGGCUGCGGCUGUUUUUGCGGCUGCGCGCGAUCGGCAACGGCGUGUCCUUGGAUGUUGACCGGCUCGGCUCGAUGGACCGCAUGAUCGUCGCGAGCUGCUCGUCCAAGUUUGCCGCCUUUCUGGAUCUCUUGGAGCGCCUGGUCGGCACGGAGAAGCGCAAGGUGGCCGUGUACCUCCAAAGCGACGCGAUGCUCCCGGUCGUCGAACACCUCACGGCCAACGUGCUCAACCUCUCGACGGUGCGGGUCACGGGCUCGGCCGCGUGCCAGCACCGCGCCCUCGCGCACUUUGCAUUGAAAGACGCGGUGCAAGUGGCCAUUCUCUCGACACGGACGCGCACCGUGGGCACGAACCGCGCGGUCUGCGUCUACGGCGCCCAAGCGAUCGUCGUGCUCGACAGCGACUGGGACCCAAUGUGCGACUCGAAGCUCCGCGCCGCGUGGCAGCUCCUCGCGACCACGAUCGACGUGCCUGUCUUCCGGCUCUACAACGAGUCGACGCUUGAAGCGUCGUUUUUGCGCGUGGGCGCCGUCCUCUCGGAGAAGCUCUUUGGGGAGAUGACGCCGACCGAGUGUGUGGCGUCGUCGGCGUUGAAAGGCGUCGAGUGCCCGCCGUGGUGGUCGGUCUCGACGCCGGACCUCCCCAAGACCAUGGCGCGCGCCGAAACGAUUGAAAAAUACUGCAACAGCGCGCUCGACGGCGAUAUUUAUGCGCUCGAGGCACCUCUUUCGACCGGCGGCGAGCUCGAACUCGAAGAGCAUUUGCUGCUCUCCAACAAUGACGAGCUCACGCCGGUGGAGUGGUACGCUGUGCACCUCGUGCAGUCGCUCAAGGAGAAGCAACCGCCGAAUCGCCCGACCAAGGCCGUUGUCGAACCGAAUAAAGACGACAGCGCACCCAAGUCGUACGAUGACAUGGUGGACGCGCACCGCGUUGACGCGUGGAAGCAAGAGCCGACCGCGGGCUUGUACUACGAGCGUCCUCUUGCAGACAGCGACAGCGUGCCGUCGAUCGUUAAUCGCUUCCGGGCGCUGGGGCUUUCGCCGACGUACGAUGUGUGGCGUGCCCCCGAGUACGACCCGGCCAUGACGUUUGUCAAGGAACCCAUCGAUGACGCGCCGCUGUGGGUUGCGUACCGCACCAAGAAGCCACCGACGCCAACGGCACCGGCGGCCGCUGACAAGAAGACGGACGCCAAACCGACAAAAGUCAAGAAGAACAAGUUGCUCGGGAAGGCGUCGCCGCCGAUACCUGGCGGCAGCCCCAGCGUCAAGCGCAAGGAAAGUUCCAAGAAGAGUACCGACUACGCGGGCUUUCCGCUGCCCGACUCGAGUGGCUUUGACGACGACGGCUUUUGGGGCGAUACGAACCUCGAUGCGCUCGACUCGGUGUCGUGGGACGACACAUCGAUUCUUGGCGGCAUCCAAGUCGGCAUUGAGAACUCGUUGCCGCCCGCCAAGAAGGCCAAGACGUCGACCCCCGUGACGUCAACGUUGCCGCGACCGCGCAAGCCGACGCCGGAGCUCGCGCGCGAAGGCUGGAGCUUUGUCGAGGAGUCGCUCAUGAAGAAGCUCCACGAGAUGUACGGCGCCAACUGGAAUCUCAUUGCGCAGAUCUUGACGCGGCAGAGCAUGGUUAAGCGCCGGUCGGCGAGGCAGUGCCACGAAAAGAUGCGGCAAAGCCUGUGA